AUGUGGAUCUUCUUUAGAAUAGUUUUCUUUUCGACGCUUAGCUUAGCCGCUACAUUAGGUCCACCGAAACUCUUAGAAGAGCCGCCGAAUGAGGUUUGGUUCCAGAAAAGUCAACCCGAUGGGACGGCCAGUCCGGUGAAACUCAAAUGCACCGCUUCUGCAAAUGCUGAAGAAUUUGUCUGGCUGAAAGAUGGACUUGAGUUGGAGAUCGGUGGAGAGGAUGUGGACGGUGGAGUGACAUGGGAAAGGCCAGGACAAAAUGGAUCUAUUGUUAUUUCAACACCGACAGACAAUAAUCAGGGUUACUAUCAAUGCUUUGUGAGCAAUCCAUUUGGAACGGCCGUAUCGAAUAAAGUUUAUGUGAGAAUGGGAGUUUUGGAGCAUUUUGCGAGGCGAGGUGUCCGAGUUGUCCGAGUGGAUGAAGGAGCUCCUCUUACUCUCAACUGCACCCCACCCAUGGGUCGACCAAAACCCACGAUUUUUUGGCUAUAUCGCGACACAAAUCGAGAGGAUGUGAUUGAGACAAUCAAAAGAAGACAUAUUGGAAUUGAUGCUGAGGGAAGACUUCACUUCACUGCUGUACAAAAAGAAGAUGGUCGUCGGGGUCUCCUUUAUGAAUGCGCAGCUUCAUCACCCGUUCUUCGAGGAGAAUAUAGAUCAGGAGAACGUGUUCGAUUAGAAGUCAAUGAGAGACAAAUACUCUCCGUGCCAAUUCGAACUCUUUACUCGACACCCGAUGAAGUAACGGUGAAAACAGGGGAACGACUCAAAUUGCAAUGUAUUUUUGGAGGAAGACCAAGACCGGUGGUGUUUUGGGAGCGAGAAGAUGGGGAGUUACCAAAAGAUCGCAUGAAAGAUCUAUCGUCGGGCGAAUCGGACUUUGGAAUGGCUUUAGUUAUCGAUCACGUGAUCCCACAAGAUGCUGGAAUUUAUCUCUGUCGUGCUCAACACCUUCAACAUGUUUUCAAUGUGAAAGUUCAUGCAGCUCCUUUCUGGGAUGAGAAGCCACCACUAGAUUUGACAAGUAGUGAGGAUUCGGAAGCGGAGCUUCGCUGUAUUGCAGGAGGUAGUCCAAUCCCCGUGGUUUCCUGGUUUCUCAAUGGACGUCCCCUAUCCGGUCCACAAUCAGAAUACGACGAUGAUCCUCGGCGCCAGUUUUUCCAGGGAGGACGCAUCAUGAGAAUCACGAAUUUGAAACAAGAUAUUGACACGGGUGUCUAUCAAUGUAAUGCCUCGUCAUCACUCGGAUACGUCUAUUCAAAUGUGUUUAUCAAUGUGAAAGCUCAUGCACCGCACUUUUUGAUGCCGUCGAAGCGAGAGUGGAGUGUUGUGAUUCGCUCAAAUAUCGAUCUUGAUUGUCAAGUUGAUGCUGCUCCGACAGCCGACGUGCAUUGGGUGGACGAGGACGAUCGACCAGUGAUCCCCGUUGAGCCAAGGGUUACGAUUCUCCCCAAUCACACUCUUCGUAUUCUUGAUGUUCACACAGCCGAUGAAGGUCUUUACUAUUGCAAUGUCUCCAACAAAUAUGGCAUUAAUCGGGCCACAAAUCGACUACAAGUCUAUAAACCAACAUAUUUUGUUAAAGUACCAGAACCGAGAGAUUUGGAGGUCGAAGCUGGGGCUGAGGUGGAAUUAGAAUGUCGAGCGGAAUCUGAUGAGCGACUAAGUGUGAGAUACACAUGGAGUCUCAAUGGAGCUUCGAUCAAUGAAUCGAACACGUUCCGAUAUAUUGGCGAUUACAAGCUUCGUCUUUCUCGUGUUGCCGGUCGUCACUCAGGUCUCAUCGAAUGUCAAGCACUUACCGAUGUCGAUCUAAAAAUUGCCGUUAUGAAACUCGCCGUGAAAGAUGUCCCUUCAUCUCCCCGUCUCACCUCUUGUUCAUGCUCCGAGCGAAAAGUUCUUCUCAAAUGGGAUCCCUCAAAUUCUCAUGGUUCUCCAAUCAAAAGAUAUUUCAUCGAAAUGCACACCGAUUUUGAAAGAGAUCAUUGGGAGGUGAAACACGAAGAAGCUGAUAGUAACAAGGAUAUCUAUGAGAAAGAACUUCCAUUGAGUCCAUGGGUGAACUACACAUUCCGAGUAAUAUCCGAGAACUAUUUUGGGCGAAGUGAUAAGAGACCGGCAGCUUUAGAUGAAGGUGAAAGCCGCGAUAAUUGUCGAUGUCAAACGAGGGCCUCGUCUCCAUAUGUGAAUCCGGCCGGUGUUUGGGCCCAAGGGGAUAAACCUGAUAAUCUAAUCGUACAUUGGACUCCGAUGGAAAAGAUCGAUUGGAAUGCCCCACAUCUACAAUAUCAGAUCAGAUACAAAUUGAAUAAUCCAUCAGUUGCUUGGGAUGAAUUCAUUGUUGAGGAUCCAUUAGCUAAUAACACGAUUAUCCGCGAACAACCAACUUAUAAGGAAUACCUAGUACAAGUGAGAGCCGUGAAUGCCAUUGGGGCCUCAAUCAACGAGCCGGAGAUCGUAAAGGGAUUCUCGGGAGAAGACGAGCCAACUGAAGCUCCCGGUGCAUUUUCUCAUGGAGAAUUCUUAAAUUUCUCCUCCCUGAACGUUUCAUGGAAUUCGGUAAAUGAGAAAUCGAUUCAUGGAUAUUUUCUUGGAUAUGAAAUCGAAUACUGGCCGGUGGAUGACGUGGUGAUCAUGGCCGAACAAGUGAUUGUCCCCCGAGAUACACAAUUUUUUCUUCUCUCCGGCCUUCGUCCACACACUAACUACACUGCUGUGAUACGAGUGAAAAACAAUCAGUACCGUGGUCCCACAUCGAAUACAAUCCAUUUUGAGACACCAGAAGGAGUUCCCUCAGCGGUCGGAGCACUCCAUGUCUCAUCUGUUGGUGCUCAUUCAAUUCUUGUCGAAUGGCGCCCCCCUCAACGUCCAAAUGGAUUCAUUCGUGGCUACUUCAUCACAUUUACCAAUGAUCAAAAUGAUACUGAAGAGACGUAUGUGCUUCAUCGUCAGACCCAUUAUCUGCACGAGCGAGCCCACUCUGAUUCUCCAUACAAGGUAGCUGUUUGGGCGGAGACAAAAGCUGGUGAAGGACCAAAAACAAUGCGACCCGUGAGGACAUACCCAAUUGGAGAUCCAUAUCGACCUUCGUUUUUGAUAGCGAAUUUGAGUGGCGGAUCCCUAGAUGUUGAAUGGUUACCAAGAGAAGCAGCUGGAAUGCCUGGAUCUUCUUUUUUGCUCAAUUACACUCUUGCCGAGACUGGUCUGACAAACCAAACAUUCCCUGUUUUUCUACCAAACACAAAGAUUCAUCUGGAUGGAUUGAAGGAGGGAUCAAGAUAUGUUCUCGUGGCAAUUGCACGUGAUGGAAAACGAGAGACUCCAUCUGAACCUUAUUACAUUGACACUGAAGCACCCAGAGAUCCGUCAAAGUUGAAUCAAGAAUCGGCAAGAACGGCAGCUUGGUUUGUGUCAGUGUUGUUGGCAGCAGCGGUGGCAGUGUCUCUUCUUCUCGCAUCAUCUUGUUGUCUUCAACGACGUCGAGUCUAUAAGGUCGGUCGCGAAGAAGAGAAAGUUGGUGUCCCUCCCAGUAACAGUCGAGAAAUCAACGAUAUUGAAGAGGAUCGUAAAUUUCUCGAGUACAACUACGGGAAUGCGUGGUUGGGUUUUCUCUUUGGAACUUUUCUCGGCUUCUUCACAUUUUCGACUUUGUCGCCGGUUUAUUAUAGUGUCCUGCGUGGAGAGCCACGAGCGUGGAUGACUACAGAACAACAUAUAGAAAAUAUUACUGUUACAACGAUUAGUUUAAUGGUCGAAGAUACAAGUGAAAUUCGCGCAGAAACCACUGCAACACCGUGCCCUACUUACCCGACGACAAUAGAGCAAAUUUUGACAACGACUGAUCGCGCAAAGAAAUGGCCUCGAGUAUUUUGUAUGAUCAAUACGAUGCCCGAGAAACAUCACACUCGUGUCAAACAAGUCAAUGAGACAUGGGCUCGUCAUUGCGAUGGGCAUGUAUUCAUGACAACUGAACUGAACGAGACGCUCACCCCGUUUUGGGAACUUAAAUUUGGAAAUGCAACUCAUAACACGCAUAAUUACUGCUGGAUUUGGGACCGGAUUAGAACCGCAUUCACAAAAGUGUACAACGAGAAAUUGACAGAUUUCGAUUGGUUUCUGAAAGGAGAUGACGACGCUUUUUUCAUCAUCGAAAAUCUGAAGGAAUACCUGAAAGAUAAGGAUCCCGAAAAACCAUACCUUCUUGGAACAAUGCUGCUCUAUAAUCUAAAGGGUCGGCCAAAGGAUUUUGUUUAUCCAAGUGGUGGAGCCGGUUAUGUGUUGUCGAAAGGAGCGGUGAAGAGUUUUGUCUCAGUGAUGCACGACGGAGAAAAAUGUCUAAAUACUUCCUAUUAUCAUGAGGACACUGAGAUGGGUUGGUGUUUGUACAAUGCAGGAGUUGAAGUGUUGACAUCAGUGGAUACAUAUGGAAGACAUAUGAUGUUGCCGAUUGAUGUCUCUGCAAUUGUCGAUGCGAAUAAUUCAACAAGACCCGUUGACAGAGGAUGGGCUAUUCAAUCUACACAGCUUCCAUUCAAACAAUCCGGCAAGACGUCGAUUUCUAACUACUUGGCCGACUCGCUCGAAUCCCAUUUUGGUUACAGACCAACCAAAGGUGUUAGAAUCGUUGAAUUUGAAAGUAAUGACUUGGAGUUGAACGGAACCAAGAUAGACGCCGAUGUGGAGUUAUGGGAUUGUUCGGGUGACGAGAAAUUCAAUAGAUGUUGGUCGGCACUGCUUGAUGGAACACAUGGUGUCAUUCUAGUGGCAAAUCCCGAAAGACACACUGGAGAGUCGCUGAUUCCAUGGGAACGAGAGUUUAUCGAACGUGGCGGAAUUCCCGUCGAUCGAGUGUUGAUGGUUCUUCUUGAUUCUGAUCAUACAUCCACUAAUCACUCAGCAAUAUCAGAGUUUCGAUUACCAUCUUCUUUAAAUGGAGUGCAUUGCGUUGCAGCCUCCUUACCAAAAGACGGGGACAAUCUACGGCUUGAAUUUAAUGCAUUUCUCUGCAAUGUUAUCGCCGAAAUCUAUCAAGAUAGACACUUU